AUGUCCUUUGAGGGCUACCUCACCUACGACUGGCCUCCAUCAGAAAAGGCUUCAGAAAACCCGGUGAAAAGGAAAAACCACAAACACUCAGGAACGAGCCAAUCGGACAAAGCCAAACAGAGUCUACACGGCUCAGACGCAGGAAAGGGGGCAGGUGUCCUGCCGCCCAACGUGAGACAGAAGGUUGGCAGGAACCUCAAGACUCCAGAAGGGAAAGGCAAAACACCUCACUUGGGUAGGAAGCCAAUAGGUCCCUCCCUUGAGGAAGAGGAGGAAUUCCAGCCACCCACCAUGUCUUUCCAGGAGGAGGACUUCACCUACGACCCGCGUCCAUCACAGGUGGCCUCAGGCAUCCCGACCCUUCUAUGGGUGGCAGGUGCUCCUUGGAUGUCUGGGGCCCCAUCGGAGGUGGCUUCAGAAAAUCCCCUGAAAAAGGGAAAGCACAAACACUCUAGCCAAAGCCAGUCAGACAAAGACCAGCAGCGUCUACAAGGCUUAGGUGCAGGGGAGGGGCAAGGCGGCCUGCUGCCCAAGGUGAGGGAGAAGGAUGGGGACACGUGCCAGACUCCAGAAGGGAAGGUCAAAACUCCACACUUGGGAAGGAAGGCGGCGGGGCCCCCGCCUGAAGUGGAGCAGGAAUUAGACGCGUCCAGCAUGUCUUCUGAGGCCUUCCACACCCACCACCAGCCACCCGCCAGGAAAGAGAGGAAGAUUGUCAAGGCUCCAGCCACUGCGCCAGAAGGAAUGAGUCUGAGGAAAGAGGAAACGACCAGCGCCCAGGCAGAGAUGGGCAAGUCUGAAAAGCGACAGCCACCUGCAGCAGCGGGGGCCAGGCUCCCACUGGUGCCCCCUGCCGGGUCACCCGCCUGGCCAGACCUCGGGCUCUGUCCCGGCCAGGUCAGUGACCCCCCACUUCCUGCCUUUGCGUCCACGUCCUCCUUCCAACCCAGGCCAAGGGCGCCGCCUUCCCCUAGCAAAGAGGAAGCAGCUCGGCUGAUGGGAAUCAGGGUGCACUCCAGGACACCGGUGUUCUCUGGGUCCAAGAGGGCUGGUGGGAACAAAAUGAUCACGAUGCUCCAGCAGGGUGUCCAGACCCCGCAGAACAACGUCAACUUGCUCUCUCAACUGAGAGGAGUCCCGUGUUCUCUUCUCCAACACGCUGUGGAGAGUGACCCAUCUGAGGAGCCACCUGGCCUGGAGGAACACCAUGAAGCACCAGCUGCAGAGACAGAUCCCUUCUGGAAGCAGCAGCAGUGUCACGGCGCCUUGGAGAAAGCAAGGCGGGAAGAACACACGGCACAGCUGCAGCCCCAAGAGCAGGAGGUCCCAGAACUGGUCCUGCACCUCAGCGCCAACAGGCCCCAGGACCCACCAGCAAAGAGGGCUAUUUCAGAAUCGUCUGAAAGAGGAGCAGCAGGAGCAGCUGUCCAGGAAAAAGCCCCGCCUGCCCCAGCCCCCGCAGCAGACACCCGGGCUCCCUCUGACCCUGCCCGUCGCCACAGCUGUCACCCCAUCCCUGGGAAGCGGGUGGUCAGCGGCCAGAAGAAGCCUGUGAAGAAGAUGGCACCGCUGAUGGCCAAGUCCAUUAAAGAUUACAAGAAGUGGACCUACUUCCUACGAUGA